AGCAGGCCCUGAUCGGGCAGUCACUGCCAUUAUGUUCUGUGUGGAGAUCCCUGUUUUUAAGUGACUGCCGACCAGGACCUGCAUGAUGCAGAGGGAGCGGGGCCCCCUAUCUUUCCUGGCUAUGCGGGGCCCAGAGCAUGAGCUCCAAAAGCUCCAGUGAUAAUCCGGUCCUGCUCAAAAGGCGAAGAGAUAAACUAAAUAUACAAAAAUUUAAAUUAGCUCAGUGUCCUUAAGGCCAAAAUGGGAAGUGUUUUUGAGGUGUUAUUAGAGACACAACAAAACAAAGGACCUGAAAAUAUGUUUGCAGUUAUAAUGGUAAUACAUGUAUUUAAUUAUACAUGUGAAAAAUAAGUUUUAGAACAUUUUACAUGGUGAUUUACACCUGCAACUACAGUGUGUGACCAGCAGGGGGAACCAAAACGAAACAAAGUCAAACUGUGAGCCCCUGUUACCAUAGAAACUAAUCGUACACAAGCUGAAAGACAGCAUGGAGCAUGAACCAGAAGUCUUGAAGAGAGUCUGCUUUGGCAGUACACAGGAAAGAAAACAUUUCCCAUAUUACUGUGCCCCAGACCGCCUGGGAAAUGAUCUGGCGCCCAUCAGAGGAGCGCCAAACCGUGGACCUGGAUGUUACCAGUCUGAGGAGGUAACCAGCCUAGAAUAUCUUCUGGAAAAAAGACCUAUGAAUCAGAAAGGUUACAUAAUGGGAGCCAGAACAGCACCACGCUUUCCGAAAGACAGUCAGAUGCAGACACCUAGUCCUGCAAAAUACCAGUCAUUCUGGUCCAGAGAGCGCACAUUCUCACCAAGUUAUGCCCCUUUUAACAUCAAAGCUGUACGAUUUCCAGACAAGAAGACAGAUAUUGUCUUAAACCCUAGUCCUGGGACAUAUGAACAUGAUACAAAGCAAGGAAGAAAGGUGUCUUGGCCUGGAAGAUUUGGAUCACCUGAGUGGUCGGAGGUUCCAUCUCUGGAAAAAAAAACUCUGAGGUCAGAGCUUCUAACAGACAAAGCAUUUCAUAAAACCAGAAAUCGAGUGGCAUAUCUAAGUCUGUAUUACAAUUAAAUGGAUUCCAGAAGUCAUGAAAGUCUUCUUUUAUAAUAAUUAAAUGUUUUGAUACCACAGCUCAACACUUUUACUCUUUUGUUAUCAGUGACCUUAAGAUUUCUUCUACUUUAUCUCUAAUUCCUUUAAACUACAUUUAAUGGAUUAAA